AUGGCCACGCUGGGCUCGCCCUCACGUCCGCCGUCGCCGCCCAAGAUGCGCCCUCGCGCAUGGGCGCGCCGGGUGGAGCGCUACUGCUGCAACACCAUGACCUACUUCCCGCUGCUCUUCGUCUACGGCCUGACCUCGUGGGCCGUCUGGGUGCAGGUCGGCAUCGGCCUGGUGCCCGCGAAGAACGCCUGGACUGGACACUUCACCUCGGCGCUCGGCCUCGUCCUCUACGGCCUGCUCAACUGGAGCUACACGGCCGCCGUCUUCACCGACCCCGGGUCGCCGCGCGCCGCCCGCGACGGCUACAGCAACCUGCCGCAGCAAGAGGGCGGCGGCGCGCAGUACACGUCGCUGACCGUCAAGGCCUCGGACGGCGGCGCGCGCUUCUGCAACAAGUGCCAGGCGAACAAGCCAGACCGCGCCCACCACUGCUCGACCUGCAAGCGCUGCGUGCUGAAGAUGGACCACCACUGCCCCUGGCUCGCCACGUGCGUCGGCCUGCGCAACUACAAGCCGUUCCUGCUGUUCCUGCUGUAUCUGACGCUGUUCUGCUGGCUGUGCUUCGCCACCGCCGCCACCUGGGUGUGGCGCGAGAUCCUGAGCGACAACCAGUACACCGAGUCGUUUAUGCCCAUCAACGACGUCCUGCUCGCCGUGCUGGCCGGCAUCAUCGGCAUCGUCAUCACCGGCUUCACCGCCUGGCACCUGUGGCUCACCGUCCGCGGCCAGACCACCAUUGAGAGCCUGGAGAAGACGCGCUACCUGUCGCCGCUGCGCCACGCCAUGAAGCAGAGCCUCAGCGACCGCAGCUACCAGGACGCCCAGGCCAACGGCCGCCUCAGCAUCGGCGACCAGCUGCGCGAGAUACACGCAAACGCGCUCCCCGGCGUCACCCGCCCCGAGGAAGGCGAGACGCCCGCGCGCUCCCCGCCGCCCGCGAGCGCCCAGAGCAACGGCUACGCGCACCCCGCAAGCAACUCCUACGCGCACCCCGCAAGCAGCUCCUACGCGCACCACGCAAGCAACUCCUACGCGCACCACGCAAGCAACUCCUACGAGCACCGAGAACGCCAGCAGUACCAGGAUCGCUACGACAACUACCUCGACGAGCGCGACAACGAGCAGCUGCCCAACGCCUUCGAUCUGGGCUGGAGGCGCAACAUGGCACACGUCUUUGGCCCCUCGCCCUGGAAGUGGUUCGUCCCAAUCACGAACACGACAGGCGACGGGUGGUCGUGGGAACCCAGCCCGAAGUGGCUCGCCGCGCGCGACCGCAUUCGCCAGGACCGCGAGCGAGAGGAGCAGCAGCAGAAGCAGCGCGAGCGCGCCGCCGGCUGGGGCGUCGACACGCCCACCGAGGCAGAGUUCCGCCGCGUCGGUCGCGUGACCCAAGGCUGGCAACCGGGCGGCUACAACCCUCCCUCCCCGCGAGUCUCCUACCAGCACGCCGACCAGACCCAGUACCUCUCCGCCACGACCCACGGCCCCGUGACCGCCCACGGCGACGGCCGCCGCAGCCCCAGCAAAGCCGACCAGAUUCUGGGCCGCGAGCAGGGCAUGUACGCGGACGGCGACGUCCCGCUCCAAACCAUCGAGGCGCGGCGGAAGUUCGACCAGUACAGCUACAUCUCCGAAGACGACGAGGACGACGAGUACGACGUCUCCAGCGACGAGCAGGCCGCGGACCGCAGAAUCAAAACACACACCACGAUCGUGCCCGCGACGAAGAACUGGAACGACCUCCCCGACGGCUUUCUGGACGCGCCGCGCAAGGGCCAGAAGAGCUCGAGUCGCGAGCGCAAGCCGAGGGAAUGGGACGAGUGG